AUCAUCCACGGAGCUGGGUGGCUGGAAACCCCCUCCUGCUCCCAGGUGCGUGUUGUGCUGGGGCAGCGGCACUUCCUAGCUUGCAAAAAUGGUGCAAAUGGGCUUUGCAGGUCACUCUGCAUCAGGCAAGAGCUGUUUGAGUUGCUGGAGGAGACUUUCAUCAAGCUGUUGGUCCUUGCUUUCAAUGAACUUUCGCUGCUGGAUGUGCUGCCUCUAGUCAGAGCUCAAGGUCUAAACCUCAGAGCUGCAGGGAAGAGAAAAGGCUGCUGAGCUCAUAUGAAAGGGAGCGCAACAUGGGCUUCCUACAUGACCAACUCGCCGACGCUGAUUGUGAUGAUCGGCUUGCCCGCCCGCGGCAAGACGUACGUGUCCAAGAAGCUCACCCGCUACCUCAACUGGAUCGGGGUGCCCACCAAAGUGUUUAAUUUAGGAGUGUAUCGCCGGGAAGCGGUGAAGUCCUACAAGUCCUAUGACUUCUUCAGGCACGAUAACAAAGAAGCCAUGGAAAUCCGCAAACGAUGUGCCUUAGUGGCACUAGAAGAUGUGAAGGCUUAUCUCCUGGAGGAGUGCGGGCAAAUAGCUGUGUUUGAUGCGACCAACACAACUCGAGAAAGACGGGACCUGAUCUUAAAUUUUGCUAAAGAAAAUGCUUUCAAGGUGUUUUUUGUGGAGUCUGUCUGUGACGAUCCAGAAGUCAUUGCUGCCAAUAUCCUGGAGGUGAAAGUUUCCAGCCCUGACUACCCGGAGAGAAACAGGGAGAAUGUGAUGGAUGAUUUCCUGAAGAGGAUCGAGUGCUACAAGGUCACUUACCAGCCUCUUGAUCCCGAUGCCUACGACAAAGAUCUUUCCUUCAUUAAAGUGAUCAAUGUGGGACAGCGGUUCCUAGUAAACAGAGUCCAAGAUUACAUCCAGAGUAAAAUCGUCUAUUACCUAAUGAACAUUCAUGUCCAGCCGCGUACCAUCUACCUUUGCCGACAUGGUGAGAGUGAAUAUAAUCUUGUUGGCAAGAUUGGUGGGGAUUCUGGUCUGUCACCGCGUGGGAAGCAGUUUGCUCAGGCGCUUAAGAAGUUCAUUGAAGAGCAAGAAAUUGUUGACCUGAAGGUGUGGACGAGCCAGCUGAAAAGGACGAUCCAGACGGCCGAGUCCCUGGGGGUCAUGUACGAGCAGUGGAAGAUUCUCAAUGAGAUCGAUGCGGGGGUAUGUGAAGAAAUGACCUAUGCAGAAAUUGAAGCCAAGUAUCCGGAUGAGUUUGCGUUGAGGGACCAAGAGAAAUACCUUUAUCGCUAUCCUGGAGGCGAGUCCUACCAGGACUUGGUCCAGCGCCUGGAGCCGGUAAUUAUGGAGCUAGAACGGCAAGGCAACGUCCUCGUUAUCUCCCACCAGGCGGUUAUGAGGUGCCUGUUGGCUUAUUUUCUCGACAAGAGUGCAGAUGAGCUGCCCUACCUGCGCUGCCCCCUCCACACCAUUCUCAAGCUCACGCCUGUUGCAUACGGCUGUAAAGUGGAGAUGAUUAAUCUGAACGUGGAAGCAGUGAACACGCACCGCGACAAACCCUCGCUGAACUCAAACAACCUUCCCGCCAGCCAAACCCCUGUAAGGAUGAGAAGAAACAGCUUUGCGCCGCGGGCCAGCGCGGACACGGUAAAGCGCCCGCGACAUUUCAGCGUUGGGAGCAAACCUCUUGACCUGCUGGGGCCUUUUCCAUCCCUGGAAGCUCAAGAUGGGGCCAACCAGCCGCAGCUGCAACCUCAAGGGGGAAAUGCUUGCCUGUGAGUACCACUGAGAGCAGCUGGUGUGUACUCUCUUUUGGUUUAAGGAUGGCUGGUUUAACGGUGUAGAGGUUUCUGCUUUCAUCUCGGACUCGGCUGGGAUUUCCGUGGCUGGGAAGAGCCCUGCGGCUGGGACUCGAGCAUCCCCAGAGCACAGUGAGCCGCGCGCCGCUUUGGCCAGUAAUCUCCUCUGAAAUGAAAUGUGUUUGGGUUUUUUUUUGUCUCUCUGUCUCUUUUUCUUUCUGAAUGCUGAAAUGUCUGUCCGUGAGACUGGAGAAAAUGUGUUAUGGAGAUUUUUCAACCCUGCUUUUAAGUGAGCCAACGCAUCCCUGGGCUUUACUGGAGCAUUGGUGUCCCACAUCUUUCCCCCUGGUUAGGUGGCAAAGUUAACCUCAGUGUAUGUGGGGACAAAAUGGUCAUCUUCCUACUUGCUGAAGCAGCUUUUCUUUGGAAGACGUUAUCAGACCAAAUCCCCAAGUUUUUAUUUAACUGUUACCGUUUCCAAGGUCAAACACAGUUUUUGUGGUGUUUAACCAGCGAAAGAGCCCAGGUAUCAUUUGGCCUGGCUUCCACGGCUGCUGGUUUGCAUCCCCCCAUCCCAGCCUGAUCUUUUGCUCUGGGAAGGCUUUUGGAACACAGGGCGCUUGUCAGCUCAGCAAAUCCUGCCAGACACCUCCUGCGAGGGGCAGAAGGGAAUAAAAAAAAGCUCCUCUCCCUCUCUGGAAGCAGCGUAGCUACCAGUGCUCUUGAAUCUGCAUCAAGUCCUGCUUCAGCUUUGUCCCCUGAGCUAAGCUGCAUCCUCUUGCUUGUUUUUCCUGGGGUUUGUGGAUGUUUUUAUCUAUUACAACAGAAGACCGGAGCAUUGCUUUGCUCAGUGUCCGGGAACAGCAGGGCUGCGUGUGUGGGGUUUGCAAGAAGCACAUGAUUUUUACCGAUUGUCUUUUUAACGUACCAAAUUUUAGCCCCACAACAAGAUUUUAGACUUGCUUACGAAUAAGCUGUGAAUGUUGCUGGUGUAUAACGCUGCCUUAAAUAGCAUUUUUGCUGCUUUAGUGUUGUCUGUUAGAUGGUGAAACUCCCCUGCGGCGCAGCUCCCGUGAUGGCUGUGUUACUUAAACCCCCCAAAACCCCAAAUUUACAGUUUUUUCUCAUGAGCCUUGACUUGUGUUUUGCCAAACUCCGUUUUAUCCUACUCCUGCCGUUCCUUCAGUAAGGGCAAAAUCCCCAGGUCGGGUGCAGAAAGGAGCAUUUAGGUACGAAGCAGGAGGCUGUUCUGCACCUGCUGUUCCCAGUUGACUCCAGGAUUUAUAAGAGCAGCUUCUGGGACCCAGGUUGCUUAUUUUAAAUGUGUAAAAUGAAUGUUGGCCCUACCCACAGCAGGGACCCAUGUUUGAGAAAUGUCAGUGCUGUGGCGGAGCUCGGCAGCCUGGGGAUUUUGAGCUCAAACCCAGUUGUUGUAGACACUCCCAGCACUUUAAUUUGAUAAAGCUGAGAUCGAGGGGGCCAUGGUGAAAGCCCAGGCACUAAUCCUGAGCCUUUAGGAUUUCUGAGGAACAGAUGUGUGUGUUGAUCUAAAGCAGUUCUGCCACAAAGGGACGAAAUUCACUGUGUGAGAAACUGAGUUUUAUUACUUUUGCUCCUCAGGCUGUUCCCACCGGUGUUUGCUGCAGCCCUCUGCAAGAGCAAUGCCGUCUGUUCUUUGGUUUUAAAUGUUACAGUGCUUAGAAAUAAGCCAGGGGGGGUGGGGUGGGAGUGGGGGGUGGGGAAGAGGAAAAAAUGUUGAAGACAUUUAGAGCCUGUUGUGUGGUACUACUCGCUGUCACCCUCCUGUAAUGUUAAAACGCACAAACCCGCACUGCAUCGGGCUGGCUGCUCCGACAGAAACCUCCCACUUGGGGGGUAAAAAGGGCGUAGAGAUGUACUGUAGGAUGUUUACACAUUAUGCUGUAAUACUUUGCUAAGGAGUUAAUUAUCUUUGUCUCAUUGAGUAGUUACUGGUUGUAAGGAGACAAAAAUAUGUAUUUUUACCUGCCAGGAUUAAUGAAUGUAGCUGCUAAUAUGUUGGCGGUCAUAAUUUUUUUUUUUUAAUCAGCGCUAAAAAGCGGGUGUGCAGCUUUGGAUCGCUGACUGUGGGUUGCUUAUUCCUGCCAAGUGGGUCCCGCUUUAGCUGCGGUCUGCUGGGUCGUGGGAUGGAGCCUCUCAGCCCUCUCUGCAGACGGCAGCAUUUGUGCCUCAGUGCUUUAAUUAAAGCCUAACUAUAGCUUUUUCCUCCUGCGUUUUACCUUUCAAAAGGUGUAAAUACAUGUGUCUAGAGCAGAGCGGCAGCAGAUUUGUGAUCAUCGUGGGGGUGGAUCAUACCUGAUGUGGCAGGUCCUAGGGUCCUGCUGAGCUCCUGGGGGCGGCCGGGCUGGGGUGAUGCCAGCAAGCCCACGCAUCUCCCCAGCAGGUCCCUGUGCCAGGUUUUUCCUUGAAAUCACCUGAUUUUCUUGGCACCAUGCAGGCAAAUACCCCAGAAUAAACAGCAAUUGCACAAUGUACCUGACCUGAGGAUCAGCAGCAGCUUGUGCUGUCAGUUGGACCAGAGCUGCUGUCUUGGGCUGGGCAGGUCAAGGUGGUGAAGCUGGAGGUGCAGACGUGGGGUGCAAUGCUUACAAAGGCACCAAGCCCGAGUCAGGGUUUUUUCUGUAUUUCCCUGACUCUCUAUCCAUCUGUUCUAGCAGCAGAGGUGGUGGUGGUGGCCGCUGUCACCUUCAGCAAGCAGUGGCAGGGCCACCCACGGGACCUGCAUCGCUGUCCCUGAGCCAUGGUCCAGGGACCGGCCCAUCAGCGUUAUUGGUCAUUGCAGAGAAAAAUGAUCACUUGGGCAACACUUCUUCCAUCUCUGCUGCCAGCAGUGGGGAAAAUUGGAAUGUGAGGGGGGAAGAAAAGCUUAAAGCCAGCCCAGGUACCUUGAGUGUGUGUGCGCUGCCUGUCACAUUAGAGCUGCCACCUCUGCAAGGCAUCCCCUUCCCGCAGCGCCGCAGUGGGUGACGGGGACACCCAGCUGAGGAGCAGCCAUGGGAGGAGAGGCAUCGCUGCCAGCACUCCCGGGAGCUGCCUGCCCCAGGGGUAUGUCCCAAACCCUCGCCCGUCAUCUGCUGAAGGGUGCCCAUGCCCCCUCCGCCUCUCCCGCUGCUCCUCUGCCUCUGAACGCUGGUUGCAAACCGCAUCUCUGUGUUUAGUGUUUAGCGAGAUGGAUGUUGUGCAUCUACUUGCAAUUUUGCUACACUACUGCUUUCUAAUGUUUUUUUUAGAUUUUUUUUAAAAAAAUGCAGUGUAUGUAAACUUGUGUCGUAGCUUGUGUACUUUGUGCAUGUGAGCAUAAAUAUCCCAUCAGCAUUUAUUUACAAUAAAGAUAUUUUAAAAAAAAUAUAGAUCUAGUUUCCUCUACUAUUUUCUGUUAUUGUUUGCUAUAACUAUCUGUUGUGUGUUGGUUUUGUGAGAUAAUGAUGAAUUUGGGGAGUCUCUGGAAAGCGUUUGGAGGAAGAGGGUCUGCAGGGGAGGGCAGGCAUCCCUGGCUGUUUGGGAGUUGGGUUGGAAAUGGUGAAACUUGCACCCUGGAGCUACUGCUGUGGUUCCCCUUCCCUCAUCAGUUUUAAGGGUGCUUUUAUUGGAACUAUCGGAGUUCAGAUUUUCAGGUUUUCUGUGGAGCUGUUAGAGUAGGAAAACAUUUAAAUUUUAUUUUUUUUUAAAGCACGUCU